AUGUUCCUUCGCUCCGUUGCUCGAGCUGCUGCUCGCAGCUCUUUCAGCCCGGCUGUCCGGUCCUCGACCACGCCAAUGGCCUGUGUCAAUGCCCGUUCGCAGAUCCAGAGCAAGCUGCUGGCCUCGCAGCAAACCCGUUUCGCGUCGUCUGAGCAUGCCAUCGCCAAUCCCGUGCUGUCCGGCAUCGAGCAGCGCUGGGAGUCCAUGCCUCCUCAGGAACAGGCCGAGCUGAGAAGAAGGCCGGUACGUAUCACUGCAUCAGAACCGAAUAAUCGUCUGCUUGUCGCUGACGGCUGGCUAGCCUACUGGAUCGCAUUCGGACCUCACGGUCCCCGUGCAGAGCCCCCCAAGGGCGAGGGUUGGAAGAUCCUGAUCAAGGUGGCACAGCUCUUCGCUGUGUCUCUCACGCUGUUUGCUAUCACCCGUGCGUUUGCUCGCGACCCGCCUCGCACGAUGACCAAGGAGUGGCAGGAGGCUAGCAAUGAAUAUGCGAAGAGAGAGAAGAUCGAGCCUAUCACCGGUAUCAGCAGCGAAGGCUACUCUGGCCGCGGCUACGUGCAGAGCGGCCCGGCUAAGACUCAAUAA